AUGGCUCUGGCAAACGAAGCAAGGGAAAGAUCUGGAGAGGAGGAUGAUAACUUGGCUCGAAGCACCAAGAAGGUUAAGGCAGCAGAACCUGUUGUAGUGGAAUCAGGACAGGCCACACCUAUUGGGGAUGGGGAUCAACAGCCCUUCCCUCGUCUUUCUUUUAGGGAUGCGGCCCUGGGUUCUCAAAAUCGUGGGAUGUAUGAUGAGUUGGGUUCUCUUGAAUCUGAUGAAGGUUUGAUCCAUGUUUCCACUCAUGGCGGGUGGCCGAAGAUCUCUUUGUCGGAGAGGUUCAAGUCGCACAUUCGGAGACAAUGGGAACGAUGUAUCAUUGUGAAACUUUUGGGGAGAUCUGUUUCUUUUAGAGUUCUCAACGAAAAAAUACAUAAGAUGUGGAAUCCGAAAGGAGAGAUGAGUUUGGUGGAUCUUGGAAUGGGGUAUUUCCUUGUGCGUUUUGCUUCCACUGAUGAUCUCGCCUUUGCUAUGGAAGAAGGUCCUUGGACUAUCUUCGGCCAUUAUUUAACAGUGAGACCUUGGGUACCGGAUUUUAAUCCCAGUACUGCUACCAUUGACUCCACCAUGGUUUGGGUUAGAUUCCCAGGUCUUCCUAUGGAAUACUACCAUCCGAGACUUUUGAUGGCAUUGGGGAAUACUGUUGGUAAAGCCGUGAGUGCUUAUAUCAAUACCAGACACGCUUCGAGGGGUCGAUUUGCCAGGGUUUGCGUUGAGGUUAAUUUCAAUGAUCCCCUAGUUCCAAAAGUGUUUUUUGAGGAUCGGUGGUUGAGCGUUGAAUAUGAAGGGCUCCCCAUGAUUUGUUUCAAAUGUGGCAGGCAAGGGCAUAAGGGCAUUUGCCCUUAUUUUCCUCAUGAGGAUGAUGAAUCGGAAAAGCAGAACGUUGAGGGUGGAGUUGCCAUGGCAGAAGACAAUGUGCAGGUGCAGCAUAAGCAAGUGAAUGAGCACGCAGCUUUAUCUCCGGGUGAUGAUAUGAAUGAGAGGGUUGACAUUGAGCUGGAGCAGGUGAGGGAGAAUGUUGUUGAGGCUUGGGCCAAGGGAGUUGGUAUGGGCUCGAAUAUGCCUCAUGAUGGAGCUAAAAGGGCCCAGGUUAAUUACAAGGCCCAAUUUAGAUCUAAAGCCCAUGGAGCAGUGACAACUAAUGCAGCACCUCAAGGGGCUCGGGUUCACCAAGUUGCUUCUUCCUCAAAAAAUACUAACGAGGAUUUAAGUGUUGAUAACCGGGGAAAACAGGCAAGAGGUGUCGAGGACAGGCUUGAUGUGAAUUUACGAUCGGGUGGUGUUGAGCGGUGUGUGGGGAUGGAGAGGAAUGAGGUUUCGGCCUUUCAAUCUUCGAAAUCAGCCUUGGGUAUGCAAGAUACAGAUAUUAGUAGAGGAGCGGGAGGUAAGGCUUUUUUGCGGCAUGCAAAGGACUUGUUACGGGCUCAGAAGCCGACUUGUUUCGUUCUUGUUGAGCCGAGGAUAUCUGGUAAUAAUGCUAGGAGAGUUGUGAGACGGUUGGGGUUUUCGAAGUUCCAUAUAGCGGAUCCGGUAGGAUAUGCAGGUGGUAUAUGGAUGUGCUGGGAUAAUGGUGCAGUGGACAUUGAGAUAAUUUCUUCCUCACCUCAGGUGAUUCAUAGUAUAGUGAGAAGACCUAAUGCUGUAGAAUUUCUUCUUACAGCGGUGUAUGCGAGCCCGGUGUUGGAAACUAGACGCAAUUUGUGGAAAUCUCUAGAAGCUUUUGCGGAAAAUGUGAGCUUGCCUUGGGUAGUAGUUGGGGAUUUCAAUGAUGUUUUACAUAGUGGUGAGAAAUAUGGUGGUAAUCAACCAUCGUUGGGAAGGUGCAAUGCAUUUAAUAGUAUGAUUACGUAUUGUGGUUUGAUUGAUUUAGGCUUUAAAGGGCCUUCUUUCACAUGGUGUAAUAAGAGGAAUGGUGUAGCGAGAAUUCAAAAAAGAUUGGAUAGGGUUUUUUCAAAUGCUGAGUGGCGGCUUUUAUUUCCUGAAGCUGAAGUUCGUCACCUCCCUCGUCUUCAUUCAGAUCAUUGUCCAGUACUAUUACAGUGUGAUCCGGGAUUUCCUUUGAAUAACUCGAAUAGACCAUUUCGCUUUCAGGCUAUGUGGCUUAUGGUGGAUGGGUUCUAUGACUUGAUUGGAAAGUUUUGGGCUCAUUCACAUGGGGAUAUUGAAGACAAAUUGGCGAAUGUGGCGGAAUUGUUGAGGGAAUGGAAUAAGGAGUCCUUUGGGAACAUUUUUGAACGUAAGAAGGAGUUGAGAGCUCGCAUUUGUGGAGUGCAGCGUGCCUUGGCUGCAUAUCGUUCUCAUCAACUUGAACUUUUGGAGGAUAAUUUAGUUAGAGAGUAUAAUGCUUUUUCUUCUGGGGCGUUUAAUGAGCAUCUAAGCCGCACCUUAUUGGUUUUGAUUCCAAAAGUCGCGAACCCAGAGUAUACGAAGCAAUUUCGUCCCAUAAGUUUAUGUACGGUCACUUACAAGCUAAUUACCAAGGUGCUGGUAAAUCGCUUGAGACCUCAUUUGGCUACUCUGGUGGCUCCUUUCCAGUCUAGCUUUAUUCCAAAGCGUCAAGCAGCGGAUGAUAUCUUUAUUGCACAGGAAAUGAUACAUUCCAUUAAGAAGACUAAGAGUAAGAAUGGAUUGAUGGCUAUAAAAAUUGACCUCGAGAAAGCUUAUGAUAGGUCUCUUCUGGCAAGUGGAAACCGAUCUCCAUGGGACGAGGUGGACCGACCAUUUCUCAUAUGUUUUUUUGCAGAUGAUUUAUUUCUUUUUGGCCGUGCGACGGUUGCUCAAGUAAAUGUGAUUAAAGCUGUGUUGGAUACUUUCUGUAUGUCUUCGGGGGCGAAAAUGAGUUUAGAUAAAUCUUACAUGUUUAUUUCUCCACAUGCUUCCACUUGUAAUGCUAGAUUGGUAAGCCGUUGUUUGGGAAUCAGGCUGUCUUCUAAUUUGGGAAAGUAUCUUGGGAUCCCUUUGAUCAAUGGUAGAGUGGUGAAAGGUACUUAUAGGGAGUUGGUUGAUAAAGUAAGCUCUAGACUUAGUGGGUGGAAGACUAAAUGCUUGAGUUUAGCCGAUAGAGCUACGUUAGUUGCUUCAGUCACUUCGGUUAUUCCUACUUGUACCAUGCUUACUACUAAACUGCCACAAAAUGUUUGUACCCAGAUGGAUAUGUUGAAUAGAAGAUUUCUCUGGGGGGGUUCGGAGUCUAAGCGUGCCCUACACCUAGUUAAUUGGGAGACCGUUUGUACUCCUAAGAAAUUAGGUGGGCUUGGACUUCGUCAGAUGGAGCUACAUAAUAGUGUCCUGCUUCAAAAACUGUAUGGAGAUUUCUUACAGAACCUGAUAGUUUGUGGAUUUAAUUGGUCUCAUACAUGGAGAAGUAUGAUUGGGGCGUUGAGAGUGUUAUCUAAGGGGCUUGUGAAAAGAAUUGGGGAUGGUUCUUUGACAAGGUUUUGGGUUGAUAAAUGGCUUGAUAAGCCUAUUGUUGAGUACUUGGAGUCUGUUCCUUCUUUUGUUGAUGGGAGUACCAUGGUUAGUGAUUUUAUUGUGGAUAAGGCUUGGAAUGUUAACAUGGUUUUUGCACAAGUGCCUUUGCAGGUUGCGAUGAAAAUUAUGGGAUAUCCUUUGUCUCGGUUUGGAAUUUUAACGGAUACCUAUAUAUGGGAGCCUUGCUCGAAUGGUAGUUUCACUACUGCCUCUGCGUACCAGCUUAUGCUACACGAGAUGAAUGUUUUAGAACAGGACUUGCGGUGGCUUUGGCGUCUUGCAUUGCCGGCUAGAUGGAUUUAUCUCUUAUGGCUAGUAUGGAAAGGGAGAUUGGUGACAAAUUCAUUUCGUGCUUCAUGGGGUGUCGGUAUUGCAGCUAGUUGCCCUUUGAGUGAAUAUCCAGUGGAGGAUGUUAUCCAUGUGCUUCGUGAUUGUUCUUAUCCAGUUACAAUUUGGAAACAAUUGGUUCCUAGCCAAAAUUGGAGUUCUUUUUAUGGCUGGGAUUUGACGGAGUGGUUGUUGAACAAUUUGGACAUUAAGAAAGGAGAAGCUCGGUCAGUUACAAUAUUUGCUACAGUUUUGUGGCGAAUUUGGACUCAACGCUGUAACUAUAUUUUUGAGCCGGAUGAUAGCAGUGUUUCAGAGCAGGAUAUGAUACGUAAUAUAUGUUUCACUUCACGUGAGAUUCUAGAGGCAUGGAGUAAGCCACCAUCUGCGGUUUCAGUUCCUAAAAUGAUUCAUUGGUGCCCUCCACCUGCUUUGAAAGUUAAAGUCAACACGGAUGGUGCUUCGAGGGGUAAUUCAGGUGUUGCAGGUGCCGGCGGGGUAAUUAGAGAUGCUGGUGGGAGUUGGCUGGAUGAGGGUUUCCGUGAGGUAAUUUGUGAGGUCGACGCAAUGGUAAUUCUUGAGCUUCCUAAGUCUGCAAAUGUCUCCCUUCAUCCGUUGGGCGCUUUGAUUAUUGAUAUAAGGGAGAUUCUGGCGCGAAAUUGGGAUUGCAUUUAUCAACAUACGUUAAGGGAGGGGAAUUUUUGUGCUGACUUGAUGUCUAAGAUGGGUUGUGAACUUGAUAAUGAUUUCCAGAUUUUUUGUUCCCCACCAGAGUCGGUUCUUGAUGUGCUAGGUGCGGAUGCGAGGGGAGUUGCCUUUCCCCGGGGUUUUAAUGUAACUUAG